AAAUCAAUAUCGAAAUAUCCAAAAUGGCAAAAAUGAGGUGAUUCAAACAAUGUAGUUAUAUUUUAUAAGAAUAAAAAAUCGACAUGAAGUUAAACACGGCCAGGUACUCGGUUAUUUUAAGCGUACAAGUACUCCUGUUGCUGAUUGAUUGGGUGAUCAAUGUCGUUUCGAUCUUCGAAAGGAACAGCAAUGCUAAAAUGCUAGUUAUGUUUAUUUCUCAAGAUGCUUGUCUGAUACUGGCUUUAUCGGCGUUGUUAUUAACUUUCUUCUCUACAUAUGUCUUCCAAAAUGGGUUAGUUUACCUACUAUACGAUAGAUUUCGGAUAACAUUGCUAGUGUGUAUGGCGUAUUUUAUUCUUACAACAGUUGUAAAUAUUUGGUUGCUCGUAUUGCGCUGGAACAACAAAGAACAACCGUGGAAUAUUCCGUUUUUCGUUUCCUUCAUUAUUCAGAGAUUUAUGUCCGCAAUUUAUUACUACUAUUACAAGAGAGCGGCUUUAAGGAUAAGCGAUCCCAGAUUCUACGAAGAUUUAGACAUGGAGCCCGAAAAACUCAACUACCACACCAGCCAAUAAACGUCGAAUAAAUAAUAAAACGAAGCGCAUUGGGAAAUAAAUAUGUAAUUCAUUCAACACAAAUUACAAUAAAAAUUUUCAACAAAAAUUAUACACAUACAAACGGUUCUUCUUCUUCCAUUUUUUUGUAUUUAACAAAAAAUAUAUUCUAUGACUAAAACAAUAAAUAUUGUAAAAAUGUUCUGAUUUACCACUUUUGUUUGUUAAAAAUCAAUUCAUCAACUUUUUUAUUGAAUUAUUAUUAUUAUUUACACUAAUUAACGAUCACGUAAUUGCUAAUCGGAAUUAUCGUCUUCUGUUGGCAAAAAUGCGAACUUGUUAUUGGCGGCGAAAUUCGGCGGUUCCGGUUCCACCAGUUUCGGCAUGUCCUUUUCCUGUCUCUCUCUGCAUCAAAUUUAAUUAAUUUAUUGCGAUUAAACCUUACUUAUAUUAUUAUUAA